AUGGAAUCGCUACUAUCUCAACCUCGCUACAUCUACAAGAUUGUGCCUUCCACCACACCGGUCCGCGAGCCCAUUCCUGAACGACUGGAAGUAAGCGAUCUUGACAAAAAAGAUGGCUAUAUCCACCUCUCGAUGGCGCACCAAGUGGGAAACACUCUGAAAACAUUCUUCACCGAAGAACCGCUUGUCUAUGUGUUGCGGAUCGAGUAUCAUCGCGUGAUUCAAGACAUCAAAUGGGAGUCACCAGAUCUUAAAACUUGCGGACCUCGACCUGGAGAGGGUCUCUUCCCCCACCUUUACAAUGGGCUUAAACUGGGCAAAGAAGAGAUUGAAAGUGUCGCCAUCUGGCAGAACGAUGAGGGAUGGGACAAGGCUCUGACCGCAGCGAAACCGUGGCUUUUGUACUGA